AUGAUGAUGAUAACUGGCCGUGUGCUGCUGGUGUGUGCCCUCUGCGUGCUGUGGUGCGGUGCCGGCGGCAGAUGUGACGGGGAGGACACGGCAGUUUCUGGUAUAGGUGGUGAAUCUCCGCUGGCAUCAAAAGGAAUUGAAAAGUCUCCACAAGUCACGCAAGACUUAAGACGUGGAGCAGGAGGUCUUAAAGAAGAAUUACCUCCCGCACCUUCAGGAGAUGAAGAUGAAGAUGAUGAAGACGAUGAUGAUGAUGAUGAUGAUGAAGGUGCAGGGGCGGAAGAUGAAGAAGAAAAACCAAUAGGAAAGCAGAGUGUUCAAGGAGGAACAGUUUUAAUAGGCUCAGGUUCCAGGCACAAGAAUUUAAUUGGUACCGAGCAGCAAAAAGGCCAGUCAAUUGCACCUGCAGAGGACAUUUCUCUUUUCGGCAGUCAGGAAUCAAAUGCCAAUCCUACGCAAACGGAAGUUGAAGAAAAGAAUGAGACUGACGAAAAUACACCUGCAGUAGAGAACGCACUCACAACAGGUAACGGAGAGAACACACUGCCUGGGGGCAUUGCGGGAGGAAAUCCUUCACCAGCUCACGAAGAAGGUGUUGAUUCCCGCGAACAGGAUGGCGAAGACACCACGAGUGAGGGUAAAAAAAAUGUUCCGUCGCCUGAGACCGCAGCCACACCACAAAGCCACCGAAACAAAGGCUCAGAAGGGACUGAGGAAGACACAAAAGCAACAACAGUAACCGCCAACACAACUGAUACGACGAAUACACAAAACAGUGACGGCGGCACCGCGGUCUCCCACACCACCUCCCCUCUUUUGCUUCUUCUUCUUGUUGCGUGUGCGGCUGCUGCUGCGGUGGUGGCCGCGUGA